AUGCUCGAGUCUCUCGUUGCUAACGUGUUGAACCGUUUUCUUGGAGCUUAUGUCUCCAAUCUUGAAGUUAACCAACUUAAUAUUGCAAUAUGGACAGGCAUAAAUUUACAACUAAAGAAAGAAGCUCUUGACAAGUUUAAUUUACCUAUUGAUGUCUUAGAAGGAUACCUUGGGGAACUAACACUUAAUAUCCCUUGGUCGAAUUUAAAGAAUAAACCUGUUAAAGUUUUCAUAAAUAAUGUUUAUCUCUUAGCGGUUCCAAAAGCCGAAUCAGAGUAUGAUACUGAAGAAGAUGAGAACCGGGCUCAACAAGUUAAACAAGAAAAAUUAGCAAAUGCUGAAUUGUUAAAUACUCAAAUAACUGAAUCGACAGAGGAUGAUCAAAAGAAUCAAUCUUUUAUAAAUCAGCUCGUUACAAAAGUUGUAGAUAACCUUCAGAUUUCAAUUAACAAUAUUCACAUUCGUUAUGAAGAUAAACUGAGUGAUCCUGGUCAUCCAUUUGCCAUAGGAUUGACUCUAUCUGAAUUUUCGGCAGUAUCCACUGACGGUAAUUGGAAGCCUACAUUUAUUGAAGGAGAGACUAGUACUAUUCAUAAGUUAAUAACGUUAGGGUCUCUAUCCAUGUAUUGGAACACGGAUUCGAAAUCUUUGGCCGGUCACAAUAAUGAAGCUAUCAAAAUAUUUAACAACCUGAUCGCGUCCGAAAAAAAUAUACCAGAGCAUCAAUAUAUACUUAAACCCGUCUCUGGUACCGGACGUAUUAUAUUAAAUAAAAAUUUUGAUGUAAAUAAACCAAAAACUAUCGUGACAUUAUUAUUUGAUGAACUUGGAUUCGUCUUAGACGAUGAACAAUAUAGGGAUGCUUUAUUAAUGGUUGACUUAUUCCAUUUUUAUCUACGGCAACAACAAUACCGAAAAUUUCGACCUCCAAAAGAAAUAACUCCUAAACAAGAUCCUAAAGCUUGGCUGAGAUUUGCGGGUGAAUGUAUUCUGUCAGAAAUUCGUGAGCGCAAUAAGAAAUUUACCUGGGAGUAUUUUGCUGAACGUCGUGAUGAUAGGCAUUCAUACGUUAAAUUAUAUAAAGACAAACAACUUGAUAAAAUAACACCGGAGGAUCAAAAUGCGUUGAAUUCUCUCGAACGGAAACUCAGUUAUGAAGAUAUUCGAUUUUACAGAUCAAUAGCAAAAUCACAAUUAAGGAAGGAAAAGGCAUUAAUUGCCAGAAAACAAAAAGAAAACGCAUCGCAACAAUCAUCACAACGUGGUUGGUUAGGUGGUUGGUUGUGGGGUGGAUCACAAUCUGAUGCAGGUGAAGAAGAAUCAAUAUUAACUGACGAACAGCGACAAGAAUUAUAUCAAGCAAUUGAUUAUGAUGAAUCAACUGCGGUGCAAAAUGCCGUGGAUUUCCCUAAAGAGUGGAUAAAACUUUCACUCAAAACAAAACUUAAAACUGGAUCUUUUACUCUGAAAAAAGAUCCUCAUGGUAAAAAAACCAAUAUUCUCUGCGUCAAGUUUGAUACAGUAACAGCGAAUUUCAUCCAACGUCCGGAAUCAUUUCAAGCUGAAAGCGCUUUGGGUAGUUUAACAGUAUUUGAUGGGUCUACCGAAGGAACAUUAUAUCCUCAAAUAGUUAGAGUAAAAGAUUAUACUACUGAAGCUUCUCAAAAAGAUUUGACGAGGAAUAAUCGUGCGAGUGAUAUUGGAUAUGAUGAAUCACAGGAUCCAUUUUUUCAAUUAGUUUUUGAACAAAAUCCUUUGGAUGGUAGAGCAGAUAAUGGUGUUUCAAUGAAAAUGAGACAUUUGGAGAUUAUUUAUAAUGUAAAUGCUGUUGAAGCAGUUAUUGACUUUUUUAGACCUCCAGAACAGCAAUUGGAAACAAUUUCAGCUUUAAUAGAAGCUGCAGGGGAUACCUUUGAAGGAAUUAAAGCUAUCACUAGAGCUGGAUUAGAACAUGCGUUGGAGGAACAUAAGACUAUAGACGUAAAAAUUGAUAUGAACGCGCCAAUUUUUAUAGUUCCGGAAAGUUGUACUAAAUCAGAUGCUCAAGUAAUAGUAUUAGAUUCCGGUCAUAUCAGUGUAGAAAGCAACUUGGUUAGCAAGCAACAAAUCGCUGAAGUUCAGGCAAAAGCAAGUAAAAGUUAUAGCGAGAAAGACUAUGAAAAGUUACAGUCUUUGAUGUACGAUCGUUUCACAGUGCAACUUUCUUCGACUCAGCUCUUAGUUGGACAAUCUGUUGAGCGCUGCUUAGCUCAGAUUCGAGACUCUGAAGCCAAUUAUGGCCUUCACGUUAUUGAUCGUAUCAAUAUGCAAUUUAAUGUUGAAAUGUCAAUAAUACGGCAUGCAUCUAAUCUUACAAAAUUCAGAGUUACAGGACACUUACCUUUACUAAAAGCUAAUUUUUCAGAUAGAAAAUAUAAGAUCAUGAUGAAUAUAAUUGAAAAAGUUACACCAAAGAGUACGAAUGAAAGUACUGAAAGCAUCCAAUUUCCUUCUGAUAAAUUUUCGUUUAAUGAUGUAGUUGAAGAUGUCUUAAAAGACAAACCAAAGGGGAAGAAAGCUACAUUAAGUAAAAAUAUGGCAAACAAAGCUUUAGCAUGGAAACAGAGAGAUACUAUAGUAGAAAAACUUGGUUUAAAAACUUCACAAGAUUUAGUAAUAGAUAGUGCUAGUGAAGGGGAAGAAGAGAAUGACGAGUCUCAUGAAGAUAAACAAGAAGAAUUCUUUGACGCACAAGAUACAGACGACUCGAAUAAUGCGAAAGUCAAUCAACGAAUAUUUGAAUUUGUUUUUCGCGUGGAUAAAUUUACGGCUACUUUAAAAAAAGCAGAUCCAGAUCCGAAUAAACCAGAAGUUGCGUUGGUUGAUAUGGUCUUGGAACAUUUUGGGCUGAAUUAUGUUCUUCGACCAUUCGAUAUGUCUGCUGAAGUUGUACUUAGGUCUCUUAGUAUUGAGGAUAAAAUUUCAGUCAACGCUUCAGAAUUUAAACAUAUAGUUUCUUCUGAGGGUUAUGGCAAUGCUCAGUCUGAAGAUUCUAAAGAUCUUGUUCACAUUAAAUAUUUUAAAGUUAAUCCAAAAUCACCAGAAUAUAUGUCAAAAUUCGAAGGAAUUGACCAGGGUGUUGACAUUGAAUUGUCUACGAUCACUGUUAUUAUCUCACGUGAAAGUAUUUUGACAUUAUAUAGUUUUAUAUUGGACACUUUCACGUCACCGCCUACAUCAACCCCUACACCAACACCACAAGCCGUUGAUGUUCAACCUGGUACAGAAUCAGAAGAAGUCCGAACACCACAAUCAAAGCCUUCCACUAUUAGAGUAAAGGCUAAACUUAAUAGUAUAAGGUUUAUACUAAAUAAUGAUGGCGUUAGACUUGCAACGGGGUUAUUAUCACUUGCGGAUGUUGCUGUUCAUUUAAGACAAAAUACUAUUCGUGUGGGAGCUCGGUUAGGCAAUUUCUCACUUUCAGAUGAUAUGGCUAGUGUAGAUAGACCUGAAUCAUUGCGUCAAUUGCUUACUAUUCAAGGAGAAGAUUUAGCCGUUUUUAAAUAUGAGACAUUUGACGAAAAAAUGCCAGGUUUUCCUGGUUAUAAUUCGUCAGUUUACUUACGAACUGGUUCUGCAAGAUUAACUUUCCUAGAAGAACCUAUUAGAUUUUUGCUUGAAUUUGGCAGUAAAUUUGCUCAAAUGAAAGGUCUUUACGAUUCUGCUAGGAACGCUGCUGUUCAACAAGCGACACAAUUACAAGAGAGUGUUUCGAAAUUUCAUUUCGAUAUUGUAAUUCGAGCUCCAAUUAUUCUUUUCACUAAUGAUACUAAGUCAAAGGACAAUGUAAUAGCAAAUCUUGGUGUAUUUUCUGCUUCAAAUCAGUUCAUAUCUAAUGAGUCAGGAAAAGGGGAACUUACUCAGAUUAAAGCUGAACUUCAAAAGAUUAGGGUAACCUCAGAGUUUGUUUUACCUGAUGGAAAGAACCAAACUUUACAAAUAAUUGACGAUGUUGAUAUAAAUUUCAAAAUUUCAUACUCUGAACAUGUUAAAGGUUCAGUUAGACCAGAUAUGGAGAUUAUUGGAACGAUGUCCGAUGUUAAGAUGUCUUUAACAGAAAAACAAUAUAAAUAUUUAUUUGAUCUAUCAAAUACUAUCCCUCGGGCUUUUAGUUCUAUUGAAUCUACAAAUGAAAGUACUUCCAAUUCCCUAACAAGUCCAUCUCAAUACUCUAAAGAUUCAAGUGCAUCAGGAACAAGUUCAUCGCAAAAGGACGAAGAAGUAGUUGAGCCUUGGACAACGAUCGAUCUUAUAUUCGAUGUGAAUCAAAUAUAUUUAGAAAUUUUUUCCAGAGAUGAUUCUCAAACGAAAUCAUUAUCAGAUACAAGUUUAUCGAAAUUUUGCCUAAAUAAAACUAAGGUUAAAUACAAGAUGUUAUCAGAUAAGUCUAUGGAGGCAGAACUCAGUCUUCAAUCUGCCACUUUGAAUGAUACUAGAACAAAUGUCCAAAAUGUAUAUAGAGAGAUAUUACCAGCUGUUAACAAAGAAACUGCACAAUUUUCUGUUACCGUUUCAAUAUCUGGUGUUACUGAAAGAAGCAUUGUUGCUAUCGUCACUGUUGAUAGUCCACGGAUAAUACUUACUCUUGAUCAUUUGUUUGCUACCCGUAAUUAUUUUAUGAGCGCAUUCGAAGGCUCAAAAACAAACCAAGCUGUAUCCCAAUCUCAACAAGAAUCGAAGUCUAUUAAGAGUCCACAAUCAAAUGUUCCAUCAUUACCACCUCGUCCGACAACUGCGCAACCUCAAGUUACUACCAGUUUAAAUUAUCGUGUGAACGUUACUUCCGCAGAAAUUAUCCUAUUAGCUAACCCUGAUUUGGCUAAUACUGAAGCAAUUGUCCUUUCUGCUAAUCAGAUAGUUGUUACGCAACAACAAGUUUUGGCACUUACAGUUGAAAAAAUUGGCAUGUUUUUAUGUAGAAUGGAUAAGAGAGCUGAUUCUCUUAUACGAUUUAUUGACAACUUUAAUUUUGCUAUGACCAUGGAUACUAGAACUUCUAGACCGGGCCAACAACUUACGAACAUUAAUGUUGAUAUUGGACCCCUUACAUUGAGACUUUCAUAUAGAGACGUUUUACUAAUAACAUCAAUAGUAAAUAAAGUUUCAGAACUCUCAUCACAAUCAUCAGCUCCACCUCCUGAAAAAGAAACUAUAUCUGGACCAGAAAUUGAUGCAAAUGUCCCGCUUGAUAACGCGGUAUCUAAAAAUUUUAAUUAUGAUUCAUUAACUGCAGCUAAAAAAGGUGGUAAUUCAAAGAAGAGCCCUAGUGUUUUACAGACUUUAAUGAUGACUCGAGAAACUCUUAAAGCAACCUUUCAUGGUACUCGAUUAGUUGUUAUUGGCGACGAACAUAACAUACCUAUGAUUGAUGCAAGUGCGAAUCAAUUUUCUGUAGACGUAACAGACUGGUCAUCACAGAUGAGUGUUGAUGCCACAGUUUCAACUUACAUAAAUUAUUUCAAUUUGACCAAUUCUCAUUGGGAGCCGUUAGUCGAGCCAUGGAAUUAUAGUUUACACGCAUCAAAAAAUUUAAAUCCAGAAAGUAUGGUGAUUGAUAUAUCCUCUCAGAAACGUUUAGAGAUAAACAUUUCACAUAUUUUUUUGGAAACGAUUUUUACAACUCUUUCCAUAGUAAAUCAUGAAAGCGAGCAUGUAUUGAGUGCCACGAGAGGUUCGCGAACCCCAUAUAAAUUAAGAAAUAGAACUGGGUAUAAUAUGCACGUUUGGUCUAUUUCUUCGGAUGAUGCUACAGAUACUGAAAUUAAAAAAAUGGACGAUGAACAAGACCUGAAUUGGAGGUUUGACGACUGGCGUAAAACGCGUGAAACUAUUAGCUUUGCAAAAAAUAUGCUAGGCGUCCAAUUUGAAGGUGCAAUAUGGGAAUGCAUUAAGGAAAUCCCUGUCGAUAGGGAAGGAGAGACAAUGUACAUAUUACGACCAAAAGUCAACAAGAUAUCCCACCGUUUGGUGAUCGAUGUAAAAUUAAAAGAUAAUAUAAAAGUAGUAACUUUCCGAUCAGUUCUCGUUAUCGAAAAUCGUACGCUUUUAACAAUUGAAAUGUUAAUUGUUGACGAACAUGGCAAAAAUGUUGGCAAAGUUUAUCAAAUAGCACCUGGUGAAGAUUGUCCUGUUCCUAUAGAACAUGCUUAUCAUAAUCGGCUUAAGAUCAGACCUGAAGGCGGGUUUGGUUACAAUUGGAGCGUCGAGAGUUUAUACUGGCAAGAUUUCGUAAAACGUAAUCCUAUGAAAUCUAUUACAUGUGAAUCUAUAGAAAAUGAUGUCCCAUUCCGUUUCCAAGUAUUUUCUAGAUACAAAAAGAAUGAUCCUCUCGUCAAAGAGUAUCCUUGUAUGGCUAUCCGGUUAAGUGCGCCGAUACAAGUUGAAAAUCUGUUACCCUAUGAUUUCACAUUUAGAAUUGUUGAUAAGACUACAAAUCAAAAUUGGCCUGACAAUUAUUUACGCAAAGGAGCAAUAACUUCUCUACAUACCAUUGAGUUAAAUCACAUAUUAUUACUUAACAUUGACAUACAAGACUCAGGUUACAAAGCUAGCGAGUUUUCUAUAAUUAGCUCUCCAAAUUCCGAUUAUUCAGUUGAGAAUAUGUUGACACUUGAAGAUUCAGAAGGUUUAAAAUUAACCCUUCGAAUUCAUUACACAGAAAUUCCUGAUUCCGGAGGAGCGUUCAAAUUUAGUAUAUAUAGUCCAUAUGUUAUGAUAAACAAAACAGGUCUCGAUAUGGUUUUCAAGUCAAAAUCACUUUUAGCGUCUGCUAAAAUUGCUGCUGGUCAAGGUUCGUUAUCCAAGAAGAAAAAUGUUGCUCCGUAUAUGUUUUCUUAUCCAAGCGAUGAAUUACGAAAUCGUGCUUUAUUAAAAGUGGGAGAUUCUGACUGGAGCGAACCUUUAAGUUUUGAAGCUGUUGGUACAUUUAUGGAAAUUUCUAUACCUUCUGCAACAAAAUCUGAAGAAAUUCAUUUGGGUGUCAGCAUUCAAGGAGGCAACCAAAAAUACAAACUGACUAAAAUUGUGACUUUCACACCGCGGUUUAUUCUCAAAAACAACUUGAGUGAGGACAUCAAUUUCCGUGAGCCAGAAUCAACUAAUGUUAUAACCAUUAAAUCCAAAGAUCGUGCUCCACUUCAUUUCUUAAAAAAAGGAAAUGUCAAACAGCUUAUGCUAUGUCAUCCGGGAUUAAAUAAUCCUUGGUCUGCUCCGUUUAAUAUUGAUGAAGUUGGAAGAGUUCAUGUAAAGGUUGGAAAAUCGGAUGAAGUAACUGAUUUAAUUAGAACUGAAAUUUUACUUGAAGAUGCUACAGUUUUUGUAAUAUUAAACAAAGAGGAAGGGAAGUGGCCAUACCGUAUUGAAAAUUAUUCAGAUGUUGAUGUUGAUUUCUAUCAGCAGGAUCCGAACCGUCGUGAUUUCUUUGGCUCAAGUACACCUCAAUCAAAUAUAUCAAAUGUAAAAAAAUAUCAUCUUCCUUCUGGAAAUGCUACUCGUUAUUCGUGGGAUAUGCCAGCACAAAAAGAAAAACGUUUGGUCUUAAACGUUAAAAAUGUUGAACGGGUGGUUAAUAUACAAGAAAUAGGUUCAUUAAUGCCAUUCAAAUAUCCGGUUGACGGAGGACAUCGCGUAAUUUCUAUAGAAGUAGCAGCUGAUGGUCCAACUCAAGUCUUGUUGCUUUCUAAUUAUAAUCAAUCAGAAAGUAUAUUCAGACCAAGGGCUCCAUCAAUCUCAUCAGUAUCCAAAGAUGAUUCUAACGCCGGUCGAGAAGCUUUUGAAGUGAUUGAUGUAGACUCAGUCACUACACUAAGUUUCCAGAUCAGGUUAGAAGGUAUUGGUAUUUCCGUGAUUAAUAAACGGAUGCAGGAAUUGAUAUAUGCUUCAAUGCGCGGGUUGGAGUUUAAAUAUAAUGAUUCUACGUUAUAUCAAUCUGUCAACUUUCUUAUUAAAUGGUUACAGAUUGAUAAUCAGCUAUAUGGCGGAUUAUAUCCAAUAAUUUUAUACCCAUCGGUCAUUCCGAAAGAUGCAAAAGAGACAGAUGCUCAUCCGGCUUUUCAUGUUUCGCUUAUUAAGGCAAAGGAUGAAUCGCAUGGUGUCAUCUACUUUAAAUACUUUUCCUUGUUGUUGCAAGAAAUGACCUUCGAAAUUGAUGAAGAUUUUCUCUUUGCGUUACUUGAAUUUACAAAAUUUGCAGGUUCAAGCACUAAUGAUGAAAAAGAAGCACAACUUAUUGAUGGAACGCUUGAUAUUCCUGAGCCAAAAUCAACCGAAGGAGAUAAUCAAUGGUACUUUGAGGUCUUGCAUAUACAUCCGAUGAAAAUUAAUAUUUCAUUUGUUAGAACAGAACGCAUAAAUGUUGAAAAUAAGCCCCCACCACGUAAUCCUAUCAUGUUCUUUAUCAAUGUUUUGACGAUGGCAAUUGGAAACAUUAACGAUGCGCCAAUCAAACUUAAUGCUCUCGCCAUGGAAAAUGCGCGUGUCAGUCUUCCCGUAUUAAUUAAUCGUAUCAAUCGUCACUACGGUGAAGCUUUUAUCUACCAAGUGCAUAAAAUCAUUGGCUCCGCCGACUUUUUGGGUAACCCUGUUGGCCUAUUCAGUAAUAUUAGCUCUGGAGUUGUUGAUAUUUUCUAUGAACCAUACCAAGGAUUUGUGUUGAAUCGACCCCAAGAUCUUGGAAUUGGGCUUGCAAGAGGUGCAACGAGCUUCUUCAAAAAGACAGUGUAUGGUUUUAGCGACAGUUUUUCCAAGGUUACAGGAAGUAUAGGAAAAGGCCUCUCUGCUGCUACUUUGGAUAAAGCUUAUCAAGAUCGACGAAGAAUGGCUCAAUUUAGAAAUCGACCUAAACAUGCAUUAUAUGGUGUCACUCAAGGAGUUAAUUCUUUAGCAACAAGUAUUACAAGUGGUAUUGAAGGAGUAGUACGUAAACCUAUAGAAGGCGUUGAAAAAGAAGGUGCAGCAGGGUUGCUCAAAGGUGUAGGAAAAGGACUUGUUGGUUUCGUGACAAAACCCGUUGUGGGUGUGUUUGAUUUUGCAAGUAAUGUAACAGAAGGAAUUCGAAAUACCACCACUGUCUUUGAUGAAAAUGAUAUUGCACCAGUGCGAUUACCACGAUAUGUUGGGCGGGAUGGAAUAUUAAAACCAUAUGAUCAAAGAGAAGCUUUAGGACAAUCUUGGUUGAAAGGAUUGGAGAAUGGAAAAUUUUUUAAUGAAGAAUAUACUGCUCAUCUUGAUCUUCAAGGAGACGAACGUGUUGUAGUUCUUACACGGUCUCGUAUUAUGCUUGUAAAAAGUAAAAGACUAAAAGUAGAAUGGGAAGUUUCAUUUUCAGAUCUCCAAACUAUUUCAUUACAACCUCAAGGUAUUUUACUUAAUUUGAAAAAAGCGCCAGGACCAUUUAUUCCAAUUCCUGAUCCUGAAAGUAAAAACUGGUUCGAAAGAAAAAUCGAAAUGGUAAUCAAUGAAUACAAUGCAGAAAAAAAGGCUCUUGAGUAA